AUGACGUCCCACGGGAUGGAAUACCUCUGUGGCUGGUUCAGAGGCCACCACGCCCAGCCCCGUGGCAACCAGCCACUCUGUGACAUCACCCCCGGGGCCAAGGGCAUCCUGGGCAACGUGAGUUCGGGGGGCAGGACCUGCGGGCUCCGGCCCAUGGCUUUUCAGUACGGCAUGUCGCGCGUCGUGGGUGGCACAGAUGCCCAGGCAGGGGCCUGGCCCUGGAUCGUCAGCAUCCAGAAUCCCUGGCAAGCGGGCACGGGUCAUACCUGCGGAGGCUCCCUCAUCAGCGCACAGUGGGUCCUGACAGCAGCCCACUGCUUCAUCGAGGCCAGCUACAUCACCAUGUGGCGCGUGGUGAUCGGUGCCACGCGGCUGACUCAGCUGGGCCCUGAGGCCCAGGUGCGCAACAUCAAGCGGCUGCUCCUUCACCAAGGCUACAGUAACAUCACGCACAGGAACGACAUUGCCUUGCUGGAGCUGGACCAGCCUGUGCAGUGCAACGCCUACGUUCAGCUUGCCUGCGUGCCCGAUGCCUCGCUGAGAGUCUCGCAGCUGAAAAACUGCUACAUCAGUGGCUGGGGUGCCACGACUGCAAGAUCUGGACGAUCAACGGAUGUGCUGCAGGAGGCCCAGGUCCGCCUCAUUGAUGUCAACGUCUGUAACAGCAGCCGGUGGUACAGAGGGGCCAUCCACACGCACAACGUCUGUGCUGGCUAUCCACAGGGUGGCAUUGACACCUGCCAGGGGGACAGCGGUGGGCCUCUCGUGUGCCAAGACAGCAGUGCAGACUACUUCUGGCUUGUUGGUGUCACCAGCUGGGGGAGAGGCUGUGCCCGAGCCAGGCAGCCCGGAGUCUACACCUCCACUCAGCACUUCUACGACUGGAUCCUGCUACAGAUGGGCCUGCGCCCAGCAGUGAGGGCUACUCCAACAGCACGCGCUUGGAGUCAUUUUGUCACCACCUCAAGCCCCGUUCCGAGGCCAAGGCCCACAGCAGCGCAGUCGGGCGGCUCCUGCCCAUUUCCAGUCCAGAAGCUGCUGGACUUCUUUAGCCGGCUGCAGGAGCUCCUGCAGUACCUAAGGGGAAAAACGGUGUGA